GACAAGGGAGACCCCGAGGCAGGGGUGACUCCUGAGGCGACAGACGGAGCGAUGAUCUGACAACUUACUCGACGCUUUCCCUCAUCCCACAGCCAGCAUAUGGACUCAUUGAUCAUUCUUCCGUUGCCUGAUGAUGACCCCGGGACUGGCUAGGCCCAUCUAUCCCCCGACCAGGUCACCCUCCCUGUACGCUCCUGCGCACGGUCCUAUCGCUCCGCGUUCUGAUCCUGCUGGUCGUGCCAGGUCCAACGACGGCGCCUACUCGCCUCUGCAGUCUCCAACAAUCGCUCCAAGCUAUCGUUCUCGUCAGCCUAGCUUGGGCACCACCAAGCCAGAAGGCCUCCCUGAAAAUACUCAUCAAGCAUUUCUAGCAUCGACCUCUGAACAGCCGUCCUGCUUCUCAAGUAGCGCGCCGGCCAACUCUGCAAUCCCCUUCCCGCUAGCCUCACCAAGCUCACAGUGGUCGAUCUCUCAGGAAAAGGCAAUCCUUACUACGUUGACCAUCUUGGCUUCGCUCCUAGCCGGGACUUCCACGUCUCUGCUGAGCUUCUACCGCAAUAGCAAACACGCACCCGAAAUCGUUUCCGCUCUCACCUAUGCCGCCAUCGGACUCGAGAUCUGGGGAUCCGUCGUGGCUGCUGCUACUAUGAUCAUUGCCAUCUCCCUUGAGGCAGCUUGCGUAGAGAGGGAGGCUCAUAGGCAUCACAAGGGCAAAGCUGUGUACCAAGGUGCAUCUGAGGAGGCCGGUGUACAAGCGACGUACGCUCCUCUCCGAGCUUCGUACCUGAGACAGAACGAGGCGACUCGUCUUUCUCCGCUUACGCUCAAGGUGCUGGAUAAUUUGACUCUAACCUGUGGCUACCUGAUCCCAUUCGCUGCCCUGUUGGAGCUCAUUGCGCUCGUCGCAUACGCAUAUUCGUUGCUCGAGCAAAGGGCGGGAAUUAAGGACGAGGCGGUAGCAAUCACCCUGGCCCUGACCAUGGGCGUAGGGACGACCCUGGCAGCAAUUGCCUCGGCUUACUGGAGGAGGUCCGAUAAUCGGAAAACUCAAGCAAGUCCGAGGAGAGGAGAGCAGCAGCAACAGGGUGGGGACCAAGAAGAAUGGGUUUGGUUGCGUGAGGCAGAAGAAGGGAGGGAAUCUUCCCUUCGACCUCCUUCCAUCACAAUCUAGUUGGGCGAAGAAAGGGGGAGACUACCCGGACCGACCCUACUUCGCUACCUAUCCGGUUUCUGAGAUUGGCAUCUGUGGGAUCGUGCUUGCUCACCCCUUCAAGGGCAUGUUCUAUACCCGAGCAAUCUCUGAGCCCUGAGGACAAGACUGUCACAGAAGU